GAGAAGAAAAAAUAAAUAAAAAUGAGAAAAGAAAAAGCACUCCAAAAACCCUAAUGCGUUGUACCAAACCUCUAACCCCUUAAUUUAUCUCUAAACCCCUUAUUCCACUCUCCACAGAGUGUUCUUUGUCCUCUCGAUUUCCAUUAAAGUGUGCAGGGGCUUGGAAGAUGAAUAUGAACAAUGUCAAGGUUCCCAAGAUGCCUAGUGGCGGUGCUGCCUCCGCUUUAAUUAAGUUGGGUGUUAUUGCUGGUCUUGGUAUGUAUGGAGUUGCUAACAGUCUUUACAACGUUGAGGGUGGGCAUCGAGCAAUUGUGUUCAAUCGUGUCACUGGUGUGAAAGAGAAGGUUUAUCCUGAAGGGACACACUUGAUGGUUCCAUGGUUUGAAAGGCCAGUAAUUUAUGAUGUUCGUGCACGACCACAUUUAGUAGAGAGCACAUCAGGCAGUCGUGAUCUUCAGAUGGUAAAAAUUGGUCUACGGGUUCUCACUCGUCCUGUGCCUGACCAGUUACCCACUAUUUAUCGAACUCUUGGUGAAAACUACAAUGAGAGAGUCUUGCCCUCAAUAAUUCAUGAAACUUUGAAAGCUGUGGUUGCCCAGUACAAUGCUAGCCAGCUUAUCACCCAAAGAGAGGCUGUCAGUAGAGAAAUACGUAAAAUAUUGACUGAUAGAGCUGCCAACUUCAACAUUGCAUUGGAUGAUGUGUCCAUUACAACCCUGACUUUUGGAAGGGAAUUCACAGCUGCUAUUGAAGCUAAACAAGUAGCUGCACAAGAGGCUGAGAGAGCCAAGUUUGUGGUGGAAAAAGCUGAGCAAGACAAACAGAGUGCUAUAAUUAGGGCACAGGGUGAGGCCAAGAGUGCUCAGCUGAUCGGUCAAGCUAUUGCCAACAAUCCGGCAUUUAUUACUCUCCGGAGAAUUGAAGCAUCUAGAGAAAUCUCUCACACCAUUGCAAAUUCAAACAACAAAGUGUAUUUAAAUUCUGAUGAUCUGUUGCUGAACCUUCAGGAUCUGAACUUGGAGCGAGGUGGAAAGAAGUAACUGGAUAAUGGCUGAAUUAUUUUUUCCCUUCUGAAUUUAUAUUUUCUUCUCGAGCCAGUUUAGUGGUGGUAUCACUACAAGUUGGCUGUGAUCCAUCAAUGAAACUAAAAUAGUGGAUUGAAUUUUCUUAGGAAACUAUUUUCAUUGAAAAGGUGAAUCUUUAUUGAAGGUUUUGACAUUCUUAUGUUAAGGUUCUGAGAUUCACCCCAAA